UAAUCGGUAACUACCAACUCAUCGGAAUCAUCAGCAACCAGAGGGUUUCUUCACCUGAUAAUAUGAGUCUCGAUGCGCUGUUUAAUCAAAUUCUACUCACAGAACAAAAAGUUUCAGAGCAAACAAAGCUGUUGCAGGACGUGAAGGCAGCAAUCAGCAAAUACCAAGGAAAGAUAAAAACAACAACAGAAGAGUUAAACUAUGCUAAGAAUCAACUAGAGGAAAAGUGCAAGGUACUGACAGAGUAUGGGCUACAGAUGGAGCUGUUGAAGAAGUGCAGUGACAGUAGGGAGAAACAGAGGGAAGACCUUCUCACUCAACAGAGCCAACUGCAAGAAACCUCUGAGGAGACUCAGCGGAGGGCAGCAGAGGAGAGAGACAGAUUCAUGGAGGAGAUUGUGAGCUUCAACACUGAGUUCAACCUGUUGGUAGAUAGACGGACGGUGGAGGAGAACCGGGCCAGGGCAGAGAUCGAGGCCAUGCAGAAGGAGGAGGAUUCACUCAAUGAAGAGAUGGAGCACAUGGCACAGGGCAAUGCAGGAAUUCUGUCCUUGCAGGCAGAGAGGAUGGCCCUGCAGAGGGAGCUCUCUGAGUUCGAGAGACGUGUCGAAGACGUGGACACACAGCUUGGGGAAGCGGAGGCAGUCACAAACUGUCUGAAAGCAGAGAGAGCAACAGUCAGUCAGAGGCCAUCAACCGACAGUGCGUUUCUUAGGCUGAAGAGCGAGGUCGCGGAGCUGAAGGAAGGGGAGCCGAGUCAUGUGCGGCAGGCGCUUCGCUCAGAGAUAGAGCUGCUGAAAACGAAACUGUCCUAGAAGGACACUCUUGUUCCUAGUUUGAACUGCAAAAACAUGUGGCGUAUACAGUACCUGUGCUGCAGGUCACAGGGCUCAGUCCUGACAGAACAGCAAAAAAACCUGAUCUGGUACUUCCUACCUGUGACUGCACUGUUUUGUUAUGGUUCAGUUCUUUUACAUGUUUGAAUGUGCAUGGAACAAACUUUUGAGAAAUGAAUUCCCAGCACCAAAAACCAAAAAGCCUCCCUGUGAUCUCUGAGGUUUUGGAAUCAGUGAGAAAAAGUUUUCUGUUUUCUUGCUUUUACAGUACAGAUAAUAGGGAAAAUGCUUAGUUAUACAGUUAUACAGUUGUGUAUUUUCUAUCAUCUAAAGCGAUCAUAGCUUUUAUAUUUGACCAGCUUUGGCCAGCACAAUACCAUAUUGCUGUAUUGCUUUAAAAGCUAAAGACAGCCACCUUGUGGGAGGAUUGAGUACUACAGAACUGAUGCUAGAGCACCAGUGAAGCUUCCAGAUUGUGCACUAAACAUAUUAAAUUAGCUUGUCUAGCCCAUGCCCACAGAUUUUUUUUAAACUGCCCCAGAGUUCUCAUUCACUUUAAUUUUUUCUUUAUAAGACGUAUUAUUUUCAGUACCACAAGGCAUGGGUGACUUUAAUUAUACUGUAAAAUAGCUGGCAAGAUUAAAUUCAGUGAUUUUAUUGCUGUAUCUCAGUCACUCAUACAGCCAAGUGAAAAUGCAGCUUUUAAACACAACACAUACAAAGCAUGCACACGCACAUAUGACACAUAUGUAUUUAAAAUGGGUGUGACAUAUGUUAGGCAUGACACGGUGGUGCACUGAAUAGCACUAUUGCCUCACGGUUAGAAAGUACUGAGUUUGAAACUCAACCUUUCUGCAUUGAGUUUGCAUGUUCUCCUCAUGUCUGUGUGGGUUUCCAUUGGGUACUCAGCUGCUACCACUACUUCCUGAACUAAGCUGGUAAAAUAAGUGAAAUCUGGUUGUGUAGCGCACGGUUGGAGCAAAGCCCACAGGACCUGAGUAUCACUACUGUAGUGUAUAAAUAAGAUCUAUUACAGUAAUCUAUUAAAUGUUUUCCACUUAAAGAUUUGUUUUCAAGUUUUAAAAAUUAUUUUUCCAUCUGGAAAUCGGUCUGGCAAUUCCAAAAGUACUCUGGCACCAUUUGACAGUAAAAUUGCUUUACAAAAUAAAAGUUGAUUUAUUGGUGGAUUGAGUGAACACACUGGUGCACACAACAGCCCUUCUUAAAAGAAUUGAAGGAGCAUCACACAUCAAGGAGCAUAGAGAGUCUCAUACAUCAGGAUGCACAUAGUGCAUUUGAACUGAAUCUGCCCUUUAUUACUGUGCAUAAAUAACUGCAGUUCUUUACAGGGGUUUGACUGGCUCUGUUCUUCAGAUACCUCACAAAGAGACCUCUGCAUUCCCGGUGUCAGAAUGGAGGUGGUGAAAUGCAGCAUCACAUUAUCCGUUACCUCAGUUUGGUUUAUUAACUGAAGCUCGAUCUCUCAUUAAUGUGUACAAGCUUUUGCACGGUCUGUAACUACUGUUCCCACCAAAGCUCUUUCUCUCGUUUAUGUGUAAAAAUGUGGUCAUUUUAUAGCAGUUGCUUAUCAAAGAGAAGUUGCUUAUCAAAGAUUCAUUGUUCAUGACUUGAGAACAAGCUUUUAAAGGCUUAAAAUAUGAAAAUAAAAUAAAAUGGUUCACAGAAUAGUAAUACAUUUAGUGAGAGCACAACACAUAUGGCUAGAUUGCCAAGGGUA